GUAGGUGUGAACUAUGAGGAGAGGAUCAGCUUUUCUUUUGUUCCCUUUUCUCGUCUCAGCUUCCUUGUUGUCAACUUCUCGAAGCCUUUGAUUGAUUACAACUUCUACCUUCAUUCUCAUGCCCAUUUAUUGUUUAAUUUAAUAGUCAGUCUCGUCGAAUCUUCAACGAUUCUCUUCAAUUUUUAAAAGCUUUUGGUCAAAUCAAAUGUAUGCAAAGUCAGAUCAAAACCUCUUCUUCUUCUUCUUCUUCUUAGUUCUUAUAUACUUCCUCUACAAAAUCUCUUUUUACUUCCAUCUUCUCUGCUCAAGACCUUUCUUCACCAUUACCAUUUUCCCGUUCUUUGCUUCUGAUUGAAUCUAGAUAUUGAUUUAAGCUAUGGAUGUCAACCGGAAAGCUCACCCGGAUUGUCGAUAUUCUUCGAAUCCUUUCCAUGAAUGUGCUUCAGAUUGUUUAGAGAAGAUCUCUCAAGGCCGUGGAAAUAAGCAUUCAAAGAAGCAAGGUGCAAAGAUUCUUAGCCUCCCUGGGAGUUUUGGUAAGAAAAAGACGGAGUCACAGCCACUGUCACCUCUGAGUACAAGGAACUAUCAGAACGGUGCUGCUAAUUCCCCAAAGAUUCAUCAAUCAAGACCUUCACCAGUAGCUGUCAAGAAGACGACGGUUCCAGAAGCGAACAAAUCGUUCCCCUCUCUAUCACCUGAUGAAAUCUCUAUUGACAUCAACGGUCAGCAUGAUUCGUUCAACCAUAAGGCAGAGAAGCCAUCAAGAACUGUUCCUCUAUCCCCAAACAGAAUGGCUGAUGGUGGCAAACCUGUAUCACCACGACCUCGAGGGCAUGACCACAGUGGCAAGAAUGAAACAGCCAGUGAGAUUAGUGUGUUUAAUGUUGUAAGCCCUCCAAGGUCAUGCGCCAAUGAUGAUGAUGAUGAUGAUGAAAACAAUGAUUAUGAGGAGGGAGUGGAGCUAGACCUUAUAUCAGUAAUGUCGGACUCGUGUGUUUCUGUUGGAAAAUACCGUGUGAACUCAAGUGUUUCCACAAUCUUACAGUCAAUCAUCGACAAACACGGAGACAUAGCUGCAAACUGCAAGCUAGAAUCAGCAUCAAUGCGAUCCCGAUACCUAGAGUGCCUAUGCUCAUUGAUGCAAGAACUUGGAUCAACUCCGGUCGGGCAGUUGACCGAACUAAAAGUAAAAGAGGUGGUCGCGGUUCUCAAGGAUUUGGAGUCUGUGAACAUCGAUGUUGGCUGGAUGCGUUCGGUUCUUGAGGAGUUUGCUCAGUAUCAAGAGAACACAGACUCAGAGAAAGAGAGGCAAGAAGGAUUGGUGAGGUUUAAGAAACAAGAAAUGGAGAUUCAAGAAGCUGAUUUGGCUCGGAUUGAGAAGGAAGUAGCGGAAGCGAGGUUGAGGGUCGAGGAGAUGAAAGCAGAGCUGGCUGAGCUCGAGACAGAGCGGUUGCGGAUGGAGGAGAUGGGAUUUAAGGUCGAGAAAUAUAAAGGGAAGUCAUUUCUUGAUGAACUUCUGUGAUGUUUGUUAAUAUAAGUAAAAAAAAGCCUAAUACUGAAGAUUAUUAAUACUAAUGUUUAGUUUAUGUAAAACCUGAUCUGAGUCAUUAAGGUGAAUUAUUCACCAAGAGUAUUAUUUUCUUGUUUAAUUAUUUUUGGUGAGAAUAAAUUACUUUGUUCUUUUUA